CAGAGGAGCAGCAGUGAUAACUGCAGGCAGGUGGGAAGAUUGCAGGGACUCCAAGCAAGCACUGUAACAAGGAAAUCUUCCUCCUCCCUGCCAAGCCUCCUUACAGCACAGGGACAGCUUUGCUAGGAAGUUAUGCUGGCUCCAAACCGGUGCAACAAACUGCCUGCUCUGCAAUAUGCUGCCAAUAUAGGAACACCACAGAGUUGCCCCCAGCUGCACAGCUUCAAAUGGCAGCCUCCCUCCUGGCUGCUUUUUGCCAUCCUCUUGGUAUCUUGGGCUGCCAGCUGUAAAGGUUUCCCACUGUCAUCAAAUGCUCUUCAAGAACAAGAACUGCAGCUGUGGAAUGAACUUGGCAAUGAUUGUUCUACAAUCCUGUCAGAUUCACUGGGACCCAGCACAUUAGAAGAGCUGUGUUUCAUGAUUAUGGGCAUUCUGCAGAAGUCUCAGGGUUCAGAUGAAAAAGAGGAGAGCAAAAGGUUCUUAUUUCAUUAUUCUAAGAGUCAUGAAUCAGGCAACUCAGACAUCACGUCGUCUGUCCUGCAUCCUUUGCUGCAACUUGUUCCUCAGCUUCAUGACAGAAGGAUGAAGAGGUUCAAAGCUGAAGAGGAAGUACAAGGACCAGGACUCAGCAGAGGUUACUUUCUGUUUAGGCCACGUAAUGGAAGGAGAUCAGCAAUUUUCCGUUAACAGGUUACUGAAGUGACCCAAACAAGCAUUCAGCUGACCUCCUGAAAUGGAAAUACAGUCUCCUUGACACCUGUGUAACUCUUUAACAAUCAAUCUAGAAUGUAAAGCUUACUGUUCCUAAAUUAUUCAUAUUAUUUUUUGGCUGAGGGUGCCAGAGUUUUCGUCAUUUGUUAAAUAUAUUAAAAGCAUAUUCAAAGAUAAUGUUUUUUUUUUUUAAGUGUUUCUAAUGUUUUUAAUUAUGGUGUAUAAUAGGAACAUGACUGAUGUGCAUGAGGCCUUCUCCUACCGUACAAAUACUGCUGCACUUGUUUAUUUUGAAUUGUAAAUAAAUGCACUCCUCUGAGUGUUGUUUUUAAGAUA